CAGACCCAUCACUGACUGUGGGCCUCGCGCAGAUGAUGUCAUCGAAAGCCGAUCGGGCUUCGACAGGAUGCUGAGCCACCGCACCGGCCCUCUAAUGAGCUCAGCUACUCCAUUUGUUUGUGGUCCUCUGCUCUAUCUUUGGCAGGCUCUCCACUUCCUUUUGCAAGCUGGGAGAGUGUUUGCGGCGCGAUGGUUCCUGGGGUUUAGGGCGCUCUGCCCGUACAGUACGCCACUGUUUGAUAGAGUCGACAGGAAAGACGGAGGGGGGAGGGGUCCUGUAGACAGGCCGACUGCGAGAGGGAGACUAAUUGAUCAGGAGGACUUGGCGAGAGAACCAGGGCAAAUGGCUGAGAGGCAUUAGCACUGUGGAAGUCACUGGAGGAGGGGAAUCUUUUAAAUAGCUCGACGGUGUGACCAAUGCAAACCAUGCUGGACACAAGACGUUUAUUUCAUUUGCUCACCUUCACUAUUUAUAUUGUUGCCUUCACAUCUACUACAGUUCAGGUUGUUUGGCAAAUUAGUUUGAAUUUGACAAACUGAAGCAGCAGCUCCCUUAAAGCUGUGGAGAGCAGAGGUUUUUAGUUUCAGCCACAGAAAUCUGGUUUGAGUGGAGAGAUGUGGGUCGUCAGAGAGAGUCCAUGCUUUAUCGCUGCUUUUUGCUAAAGCUGAAUACAUCAGUUGUCAGACAUUUAUUUAAAAAAAAAUGACUGCUUGGUUGCCAGGUUGUGAAAUAUCUUUGUCUUGGCUUGUGUUUAUCCUCCUCCAUCAUGACCUUUGAACUCUUUAAUUCAACAGACAGGCCGCACCAAAGGACUGUUUGACCUGUGCGUUCCCCUCCAGUGCUCUGCUCCUGGACCAGAUGAAAUCUCAGAGAUGAUCUUUCUGACCUGGCAGACUCGGUGUUUGGCUCAAAGGCACUUCAGAAACGUCCAGUUCAGUAGCUGCGCUGGCCUCUAAAAUCUGGUCUUUUUGACCAGUGUUCAUGUUGCUGUUAUGGAACUGCAAACCUCCUGUAGUGUGGUGGGUAGUAGUAGGAGGAGGAGGUGGUGGAGUAAAAAUCUAGUCCUGCGUAUGGCAGCAUGUCCUGCUCUGGACCCCCCCCCCCCCAGGGGCCCCUGAGCCUGUGGGGAACCUGACCACUACGAUCCCUCAGCAAGACCAAAGCACUCCCCAAAGAAACCCUGUGACCUAAACCAGGUGGACUGACCGGGCAGCUGCUGCUGUGAAUAUGAUGCAGCUCGUUUCUUUCUCACAGGCAGGAGUAGUCUGGAAAGUUAUCUCCUCCAUCAUAUUAAUGGGGUAAUAAUGUGAUUGAUUAGUCACCUCCCCGGGGAAGUGGGCUUUUCUGCUUCCUGAGAGUGCUAGACUCAUCACAGAAUUUGCAGCUGACUUGAAGGAUUCUGGCUCAAGAGCCCCUCAGCAGGGCGAACGCUCGGCCACAUCGGAGGGGGUUUUCAUCCCGGGUUGUCUCGUUCAGAAGAUUCUUACCCUGCCGCUGCCGUGUAGCUGUCGGCUUCCUCGGUGGGGACUAAAGAGGCGGAGGCGGAGGGGGAGGAAGGGAAGAGGAAGAGGGGGAAUCUGGCGCUUCAGGACGGUUGAGUCCCGUUGCGAUGCAUGGAGGCUACUUGGAAAUGCUCCCCGGGUCGCCGGAGCUCAUGAGGCGGUUUCAGCCGACCGACGGGCCGCAGCACCGGAGGGAUUCGGCUGCUGAUCCGCAGCUCUGCCAGGCUGCCACGCCGUAGGCUCGGCUACAGGAGCACGGCUCGGUUCAGUGUCCACGGAACGACAGCGCCGUGAUCUGGGAGCCUAAAGGCUGCAUCACAUCCCUGCAUCGCAGUGGUGGUGGAUACUGCUGUGUAAGCCUGACGGGUGGCAUCUAUGCAAUUUUAUUUCGACUUUUUAUUUUAUUAUGAGCACAGAGGAGGGAGAGGCGGGUCCAGCUUGUGGAGAGGCGAGGGGAGGCACUUCCAUCAGCCACCGCCACACCUGGGAAGAAGGCGAAUUGCACGGCUCCCAAGCACGUCCGCAUCCCGACGAUGAGGACGAGGCAGAGCAGGGAGAGGAGGAAGAGAAAGGAGAGGACAGCCGGGAGGGCCGGAGCUGCAGGGAUACAUGUGGGGCGAGCAACGGGGGGGAUUUUCCCAGCGAGGAUGGGGCGGUCGGGGGCACAUCGAGCAAGACGCAGGCGAUGCAUUCGAACUGCAGCAGCGAGACCUGCAUCCCCACUCCCAGCUGCCGGAUCUGCUUCCAAGGCGCAGAGCAGGGCGACCUGUUGAACCCGUGCCGGUGUGACGGCUCAGUGCGUUACACCCACCAGCACUGCCUGCUGAAGUGGAUCAGCGAGCGAGGCUGCUGGACCUGCGAGCUCUGCUGCUAUCGCUUCCACGUGAUCGCCAUCAACAUGAAGAGACCGUGGCAGUGGCAGUCCAUCACCAUCACCCUGGUGGAGAAGGUGCAGAUCAUUGCCGUGUUCCUGGGCUCCCUCUUUCUGGUGGCCAGCAUCUCCUGGCUGCUGUGGUCGGCUCUCAGCCCGCAGGCCAUCUGGCAGCGCCGCGACGUCCUCUUCCAGAUCUGCUAUGGCAUGUACGGCUUCAUGGACCUGGUCUGCGUAGGCUUGAUUGUCCACGAGGGGGCAGCAGUGUAUAACGUCUUCAUGCGCUGGCGGGCCGUAAACCUCCACUGGGAUGUUCAGAGUUAUGACAAGGCCAAGGACAUGGAGGACACGAGCACCGGUCAUUCCUCAUUGGCUCCCAGGACGCUUUGGCUGCCCCUGGCCACCUUUGGGCCCAAUGGCCCCUUACACCCCACCCAGCUGGGGCCACAGCCAUGGACCUGCCUCUGUUUGGCCCCCUUCUGUCCGAGCCUGGUUCCCAGAAAUAACCUCAGCCAGGACAGUGACUCAGGGGAGGUCGUCAUUCGUGUAACAUCGGUGUAACACCAGGCGGUAUUUAUGCAGGAACAAAACAUCUGAUGCUUUGCGCUCGGUGGAAACAGUCUGAGCUUUGCGGGAAUUUCACACAGCCG